GCUGUCCCCAGGGAGCACAGAGCACAGAGCUGCAGCCACACAAGGGUCGGGAGGUAUACACAGUCAACAGAACCCAAUGAUGAGGGUCAGCCUGCAAACUCUGAUAACAUGUCUACUCUGGUGCAGUGCACUGACGACGACUACGACAACAACAAACGUCACCUCCCAGGCUACAGCUGUGAAAUCAACUACUCGACCUGCCAUGUCAACUAGUCUUGUCACCAAUGCAACUCACUCUACCAAAAAUACAGUUUCCGUGACAACUGCUUCAGCCACUUAUAUAAAUUCCAGCAGUGCAGCUCCGUCCAUCAACCAUACAACUGCAGUGACAACUGCUUAUGUUCCCACUGUACAUUCCACCAACGCGACUCUGCCCACCAAUACAAGUACAGUGGCAACUACUUAUGUCACCAAUAUAAAUUCCAGCAGUGCAGCUCCGUCCAUCAACCAUACAACUGCAGUGACAACUGCUUAUGUUCCCACUGUACAUUCCACCAACGCGACUCUGCCCACCAAUACAAGUACAGUGGCAACUACUUAUGUCACCAUAAUAAAUUCCACCAGUGCAGCUCCGUCUAUCAACAAUACAGCUGCCACCCCAACUUCAGCCACCACUGUGAAAAACAUCACUUCGUCAUCUUCCUCAUUCGCAUCAUCCCCAUCUAUAACAACGGGCACCAAGACCUCUAGCCCCAGCGUCACCAGCCCCGGCACCACUAACACCACACUACAGGAAGGACACGAGUCCAAGGCUCUGAGCUCAGGAAGUAUUGCAGUCAUUCUCUGCGCGUUCAUCGUAAUCGUCCUCCUAGUGUUUGUCGGGCUGUACUACUACAGGAUCCGACACCGAUCCUACGGCCCUCUUCUGGACAACACUGAACGCACCAGUUUUGGAAACUUCGGCAACCCAAUGUAUGACCCUUAAAUCUUAACUUUACACCUCCGGCUCAGGAAGGGACCCCCCAAAACCAAAGUUUUUUGGGGUGGGGGGAGGUCCUCCAAUCAGAGUUCUAAACAUAGUGUGUUAAUAGUUUGUGCGUUUCAGUCAAUGCUGGAUUAUGGUGAUAUUUUAUACAUGCAAUGCAAAUCAAUCUUCUCUGAAAAUGCUGGACUCAGUAUACCAUGCACUAAGAAGAAUAAGAUUUGUAACUAAUUCUUAGUUUAGCCUUUAAAGCUAGUUCAUCCUGUUAUAAAUUGCAGAAUCAUCUUAUAUUAGACAACCUACCAAGAAUGACACAAUUUAAAAUUAGAAUAAAGGACUAUUUGAGUACUAAAUGCACAUGUGCUAUUACUGAGCACUGCUGGUGAUUAUGUUGAGAUGAUGUUAAAUUGCCAACUGUCCUUUUCUGUUUUAUAUUGUCGGUUUGUCACUGUAUAUUUUAAUAUGGAACUAUUAUACUGCUCUCUUGGCCAGGACUCCCUUGAAAAUGAGAUUCUCAAUGGGAUUAUUUCCUGGUAAAAUAAAAGGUUAAUAAAACAAUAAAUAAUAAAAUAAUGACUUCAGGGCGGUCACAUUUUAUGACUGUGACUUGCGGCCUGAUUGCAUGAUUGCAAAAUGCAAAACAAAUGUGACGUUUCUAUUGAACUUUGUCAAGAAGCCUCAUUUUUUUUUUUUUUUUUUUUUUUAAUAGUUAACAUGGAAGGACACAGAGUUGCAGUUUUUACUCCGGUAGCUUUUUAAACAGCUCUGGCUGCAUAGAUACAGCACGGAAUUAUAGUACCAAAAGUGAAAGGUUAAAUCACAGUGAAAACAAGCGUGUUCAUCAGGGUUAUCAUGUAUCUCACAGGAUAUUUGUAAAAAAGAAAAAAGCUGUGGAUUAAAAAAAAAAAAAAAAAAAGUAAAGUAAAAAAAAAAACUUUUUGUAAAAUGGAUGGUGUAUUGAAAGGCAGUAUUUAGGAUUGGUAAUGGAUGAGGAAGAUCUGACAAGUGACAAUGUUUCACUGUCUGAGAGCUGCAAUGGAAAAAAAAUAAAGUGUGUGAUAAAUGAAGUAAAAAAAAAAAAAUUAAAUAAGGCUUGAAUUUA